AUGGCCAGCCCUUCGAAGCAGGCGCUGUGGGGAUUGGUCAAGUUGGUGCAGUACUUGCUGAACACAUGCAACUACGCCACUGCGAUUUGCGUUGGUCCGCCUUGCAGUUCGAAAUUGCUCAAUGGCAUAUGCCAUCGCCUGGAAUGCUACUCAGAUGCUGACUGGGCAGGAUCUCGCAAAGAUCGUAAGUCGUAUGGCAGGGCAUCCUACUGUUUGGAUGGAUGCUAUUUGCACUAUGUGUGCAGGGCUCAGCGUUGCAUCUCCCUGUCCAGCAUGGAAUCCGAGUUCUACGCGGCAGUGAGUGAGCCAUGCCAGCUUGUGGUUUUGCUUGACAAUGCGAGUGCUAGGCAGUUUGCUUUGAGGCAGGGCGUCUCGAAAGCUGCUAAGCACAUCGAGGGCAGGUUUCUUUGGCUUCAAGAUGCUGUGCGUCAAGGCCGUCUGCAAGUGAAGGCGGUGAGCGCACACUACAACUUGGGUGACCUGUUUACAAAGCCUUUCAGUCCUGCACGAUUGUUGGCGCUGUGCUAUCUUCAUGGAUUGGUGCAUGAGCACCAUGAUGCAGUUGGCGAGAAGGAAUGGGAAGAUGUGCAGCUCAAGCAUGAGUUCAAGCAGCAAGUGAAUCGUGUCAAACACCAGUUUGUGGGAUCACAUGUGGCAACUGGGUGGAUCAAGAAGGUAGCGCUGCUCACUGUUGAUGCCAAACAUGGUUCGGAGAAUGCAUCGUACGUUACUGUCAUCUUGAUGGGUGGAACACUGCUGCAUGAGUAUGUUCAAAUGUUCAGUGCCGAGACAUAUUGCGUGCUGUUCCUUGUGGGCGUGAUCAUGUUCCAAUGGUUUCAGCUCAAGAGCCUUCGCUCGAAGUUGGCGGUUGCCAAACGAGAGCAUGUGACAAAGGGAGGCAAUGUGACUGGGGGGAGCAGUAGCAGUAGCUGUGUGGCAAGCAGUGUUGCACGUCAUCAGAAGGGUGACGCCGUGAUCGUCAUCCCGGAUGGAGGCGAAGCCUUCCAUCGCUAUGAGUGCCAGUACGUGCGUAAGUCCAGCAAGCCUAGGAAAGCCACGCGUAUAGUGACCUGGCAGAGUUGA